GUGUCCUUCAAGCACACGCCGGUUUGGCCUAACGAGACGAAUCCGUUAAAGGAGGAAUUUCGAGGCUAUAACCGCCGAACACUCGAAUCGAAACGGGACACAAAGGACAACGAAAUAACAAAUGGAGCAUAGAGACGCGGCGUCCGUCCACCAGGAGCGCCAGUAGCGUUGAGGAAGACGGUCCUGGGCCCUGAGCGGGCCCUCUCGACGGUGACGUCGGCGCCGGGGCCCGUGCUCGCGAGGGUGGUGGGCGGCGUUGUAGCGCCGCGAUGGCCGCGACCGACGGUCAGAUCGUGGUUGCGGCGGCACGGUGGGCCGAGGAGGCCACGUACCUCCGCGAAUUCGUGUCCAAGUAUCGUCUCCCGGCGGUGAUCAAGAUCACGAAGGGCCAGUACGGUGGCCUGGGUGUGCCGACCUUGCCGGCGCCCAGCUUGCAGAGCACAGCGUUGCUGGUGUCCGCCGGACGCCGGCGAAAGAUCGUCGCGCAGGCGGUGAAGAUCAAGGAAGGCCGGCGCGUGGUCGGCGUCGGGCCCAGAUUAGCGAUCCCGGAUUCGUACGCGGGCUACUUCGAGAUCCUGAGCGAGGAGGGUCGCGCGGUGCGCGGUAUAGAGUCCGUGACCGAGCUGUGCCGAAGAUGCCCGGAGGAAGGCGCGCUGGUGCGCGAGACGGUGCGCGGGAUAGCCUGCAGAGUGGACGACGAUACAGGGAUAGUGGUACCGGAGGGGACUAGGACUCUAGCAGCGGGGGAGACGAUCGUAACAGCGGGCGAGGUGAGUCUGCCGGGCCGCGGCAGAUUCCUGCGCUGCGUGGACUGUCGCGGCGACAGCGUGCUGCUCGGCAUGGAUCAGCGAGGUCGUUUCAGCGCGCUGGCCCGCGAGGACAACAUCAGCGGCGUGCACACCGCCCGUGCAUUGCUCAGCAAGCGUCUGCCGUUGACGGUGCGGCUGGUGCACGGCCAGCCGCCCAGGGGAUUGAAGUCCUCCUCGCAGUUCGUGCCGGAGCUGAGGCUGUUGUCCACGUUCGAGGAGGAACACGUGUUCGCGUUGCCGUUGCAGCGGGAGGGUGCAGCGGUCGCGUUGCCGCUCGCCGCUCCUCUGAAACUGGUCAAGGCGAGGAACGAGGAAGCGCUCAGGUCGAUGCAGGAGUUCACGAGGCUGGUGGAGCGCGCCUCGCGCCUCGUCGCGGACGUCGCCGAUCGUGCUCACGUGCUGGACGGCCGUCUGGGCGAGAGCAAGCCGUCCAGGCAGACCAGAAGCGGAUCCGGAUUCCUCAGGCGGUCCUCGACCAACUCGGACAACGGGCCGCUGAACCAUCACAGGAACAACGCGGCCCAUCAUCAUCAUCACCAUCACUAUCACAGCAACGGCCACCAGGCGUCGUCCGGCCACGCGGGAUACAGGGACGAGAACCGCGUGCCGCCGUCCGCCUGCACCGAGGAGUACGACGAAAUCGAUCAGAUCUACGACUAUGUGCGCGGCUUCGCACCACUGCCCAAGAGCGUCAGGUCUCCGUACGAGAGCCCGCUGCCGGCGAACCAGAGCUCGAGUCCGCCAUUGACGCCGGUCACCGUCACGAUUGCGCCUCUGCUCGACGACAGACCGGAACCGCCGCCCAUCGAGACCAUACCGACCAAGAAGAUACAGGCGGAGAAGAGGACGAGGCGCGCUGUGAAAGAGGCGCCGCAGCCGAGGGUCGAGAAGCCGCCACUGGCCAAGCUCUACGUGAAGAACAGCGGCACCCAGCGCGGACGCCCGCUGAUGAGACAGAAGAGCGCGUCCCCGCUGAAGGAGACGCCGCCGGGAUACAAGGGCGGCUCGCCGCUCUUCAAUAUACGAUAUAAAAGCCUGACGAACCUGCAGCAGGCCAUGGAGUUGGACGGCACGCUGGACUCGAGCCAUUCUGGUGGAAGGACAUCGGGGGACUCCGGAGCUGGCGCUAAGCUGCCGGAAAAAAGAUCGCGGCGUCUGAGCAGACCGCGUUCACUGACGAAUUUAGUGUGGGAGCUACGCGGUGGAAGUGGCCUAGGUUGCACGAGACCGGAAACCCCGCCGCCAGCCACAGCAGCGCCACUACCGCCGACCAAGUGUGGACCGCGCUUGGCUGUCACCGUGGUGGCACCGCGACGCGUCGGCACGCUCUACCUCUAACUCAUUCGAACCGACGAAGGGCUGAAGAAGGCAAAGAGCGGUCCGGAUGGGGCGCCAUGGAUCUCCGACGUCUUCGACUAAUCAAAACUCGUUAGCCAGAGCUCAAGCAACGACGGAGGGCCGGGUCCGUCGACGAACCCACCACUCGUCCCUUUAAUUAAUUAGUCGCAGCCGCGACAUCUAUUCGAACGACAAAGCUCGCCGACCAUGGAUCGUAGCGAUUCCAUGAGAGACACCGCGAAACACGCGAACGAAAGCCGAAGGAGAAUGAGAGCGGAUACUUUACUAUAUACGUGCAUUCUGCGAUCGUUGGCCAGCGAACGAACUUUUUAAACGAACCCGGGAAACUUCUUCGCUGAGAUCAGACCUAAACGAGACACAUUUCCCUGGAAAUUCACGUUGCCUUUGAAAACGAUAGGGUUCCGGUUAGAAGAACUCGGAGACGCCUGCGGUCGCUUCAAAAAACAUCCAAUCGGAUAGAGGGAUGGUCUAUCGAGACUAACGAUCAAACAGACGCCGAAAAAUUCCGAAACAAUGAUCGUCGUGAUAGUUACGCAAAAUCGGACGCUUUCGAACUUCCUUCUUCAAGAUGGCGGCGACAGCUGUGUUCUCUUCGCCAUCUUGGAAGAGCAUCGCAGAACAUCUUCAAUGCUCGCGUGACUCGAGCGUACAAUGUGUUUCAGCAGAAAUGAGAUAUUCCGCGGCGUUCGUCGGAGAAAUAAUUGAUUUAACGUAUAUUCGUAUGGUUCCGCGAGCAGCCGGCACUAAUAAAUCCCCCGACGUCGCGACUACGGCGUCUCCGAUGAUCGAUAUUAAUCCAAGUUGCGCUAAAGUACGGUGAACGAAACAGCGGAUCGCUCGGGAGCGGUGAAAAAGAUUACAGGAGCGAUAAUAGAGGGACUGUUAGGGUCCAUUGAUCAACGAGAUUGCGUGCGAGCGUGGAAGAAGACUUCAUAGAUCACGAGGCCGGCACAGCACGGAGGGAAAGCGACACGAAAAUUCGAGCGGAACGUGAAAUCGUCGAUCUCGCGACGCCUGCAUCACGCGUCCGGCUGUCUGGCGGAGUGACACGCGCCGUUUAGUUUAAUCUACUAGGGAGCGUAAGUUAAGGAUACGAAUGCCAUAAUAAUGACCAACUUUUUGUGGUUGUACUUAAGUCAUACUUUUACACUUUACUGUUUACGUUUAAGCCUAACUAAGUAACUGUAAGUUGCAUCAUAUUCCAUUACCCGGAGCGUCUU